AUGAGUGCCAUCUUAUCAGCAGACGACUUGAACGAUUUCAUCUCGCCAGGCGUGGCGUGCAUCAAGCCGCUCGUGCCUGACGUCCUGCCCCAAAACAGCGAGCUCAACGAGCAUGGCGAGGUCGAAAUCCAGCUCGAUAGUCUCGGAAACCCGCUCGAGAUCUCCAAGAUUGAUGGCAAGCAAAAGACGUUGAGUCCGGCCCAGAUCUCGUUGUCGGACUGUCUUGCAUGUUCCGGAUGUAUCACUUCAGCCGAGGAGAUCUUGGUGGCCCAACAUUCCCACGACGAGUUGAUCCGUGCUCUCACGGACAGCAGGGAGAAUCCCGACUCCACCAAGGUGUUUGUGGCCAGUGUGUCCCACCAGUCAAGAGCUUCCAUUGCCACGGCAUUUGACUUGUCAGUGGAGAGCGUCGACAAGCUCCUCAUUAACCUCUUUGUCCACCAGAUGGGAUUUGCCUACGUGGUAGGCACAGCAGUGGGCAGAAAGCUCUCAUUGAUUCAGGAGGCCCAGAAUAUCAUCCACAAGAAGGAGACAGGCUUUCAGGGGCCUCUCUUGUCGUCGAUCUGUCCUGGAUGGGUGUUGUACGCGGAAAAGACCCACCCCUACGUGUUGCCUCGGGUGUCCACAGUCAAGUCCCCCCAACAGAUCACCGGGUGUAUCUUGAAGAGCUUGACUGCCCACGACUUGGGAGUGCGUCGUGAGGACGUUUACCACUUGUCGAUCAUGCCGUGCUUCGACAAGAAGCUUGAAAGUGCCCGUCCCGAGCAAGUGGAGGGCUUGUCUCCCGACGUAGACUGUGUGUUGACCGCCAAAGAGUUGGUGGGCCUCUUGGAACAGUAUCCACAGUUCCAGUUGAUGCCUCCCAACACCAAGGCAAUCUUGCACGCGGGAGGGAUCCGUGAAGCCUAUGCUAAAUGUGCACCUCCCAGCUGGCCCCUCGUGGAAAAUUCGUGGUCCAACGACAGUGGGUCUGCGUCGGGUGGAUAUGGCUACAACUACCUCCAAAUGUACCAGAAACACUUGAUGUUGAAGGAUCCUGCCGUUUACAGCAGCGACUCCUUCACCAUGCAAACCGUGGGGGGACGGAACUCGGACAUUUACGAAUUGAGACUCAUGCACAAUAGCACGGUUGUUGCGUCGUCAGCCAUAGUAAACGGGUUCAGGAAUAUCCAAAACUUGGUGAGAAAAUUGAAGCCGGGAGCUAAGGGCCCAGCAGCCACCAAGUCCAACCCUUUGGUUGCACGGAGAAGAGCCAGAAUGGCCCAAAAAAAGGACGCCGACCCAGCCUCAGCUGCAGGAACGGAUGAGAGUGCCGACGCCUCCAAGUGUGACUACGUGGAGAUCAUGGCUUGUCCCAAUGGGUGUAUAAAUGGAGGAGGACAAAUCAACCCCCCACCAGAAACAGGAGAGAAGGAGUGGCUCCAAUCAGCAUUACAAAACUACAACAGCAUUCCCUUGCACGAUAUCAACCACCAGGACAACCUCAUCCAGGAGUUGUUGCAAUGGAGCGAAUCAUUCUGUACCGAAUUCGGAGUGCCCCAGCAACGGUUGCUCACCACCCAUUUCAACGAGGUGGAAAAGCCUACUGACCAGGGAUCUAUUUUGCUCGGGGCAAAGUGGUAA